GCCUCACUCGUUUGAGAACUGUCUAAAGUGAAACAGCCAUGUUGGGUAGUGACGGUUGAAAAUCCCAGUGUUGGUUACAAGUAAAUUGUUUGAUGUGUUGUUGAGUGUUUAAGUUAUUGUUAUUGGAUUAAUGACGACCGCAACCGAAAGCAUGAACUGGGGCACCGAGCUCUGGGACCAGUAUGACAAUUUGUCGAUUCAUACACUGAAAGGGAUCGAUUUUUUGGAAAAGUACGGUCAUUUUGUUAAAGACAGGGCGACCAUAGAGUAUGAAUAUGCGGCGAAAUUGAGGAGAUUAGUAAAGACGUACCAACCCAAGAAAAAAGAUGAAGACGACUACCAGUUUACGUCGUGUAAAGCCUUUAAGAUGUUAAUGAACGAAAUCAAUGACCUCGCUGGGCAACACGAGGUUGUGGCCGAAAAUCUUCAAGCUAAUGUUAUCAAGGAAUUGAAUGCAUUAGUUAAAGAUAUUAGGGAAGAACGAAAAAAACAACUUCAGGAGGGAAAUCGACUAACUCAAGCCUUACAGACCCAAUUAGAAAACUUACAAAGAUCGAGAAAAGCCUACGACAAAGCAUUUCGCGAUAAUGAAAAAGCGUUAGAAAAUUUCCAAAAAGCAGACGCCGAUUUGCAUUUAUCCCGAGCAGAGGUUGAAAAACAACGUGCGAAUUUAGCUUACAAAACUCAAGUUUGUGAUACGACAAAAAAUGAAUACGCGAUGCAGUUACAAAGAACAAACGAAUUACAACGACAACACUUUAGAUCUGGAUUACCGGAGGUAUUCCGGCAAUUGCAAGAACUAGACGAAAAACGGAUCAAAAAUAUUAAAAAUUUUAUACGUAGUUCUGUAGAUAUCGAACGUAAUGUGUUUCCUAUUAUUAAUAAAUGUUUAGAUGGUAUUCUGAAAGCUGCAGACGUUAUUAAUGAAAAAGAGGACACGAUACUUGUAAUAGAAAAAUACAAGUCAGGCUUUCUACCCCCGGAUGAUAUUCCGUUCGAAGAUUUAUCGAAAGGUGGUAGUGAUUCGGGUAGUGCUAAUAACAUAAACAAUAUACAAAUUAGUGGCAAAUUGAAAGAUGGUGGUUAUACAGUGAAAGGGACAAUAACGGGAAAAGCGUUGAAAAAACGGGCGGGAAUAUUUCACAUUUUCGGAAGCAAAGGGAAGCUUACAGAAGUCUGUAUGGCCAUCAAGAACGCUGCAAUUUCGGACGGAAAGGAGGACCUAAGUGACUUGCCCCCUAACCAGCGGCGGAAAAAACUCAUGCAAAAAGUCGAAGAGCUCAAAAAUAAAGUUGGUCAAGAGACAGCGGCCAAAGACGGUCUCAUGAAAAUGAAAGGAGUGUACGAAGCUAAUCCCGCAUUGGGCGACCCGAUGACCAUCGAAGGUCAACUCAAUGAAUGCAGUCAUAGACUAGAUAAGCUUCAAGGUGAACUGAAGAGGUAUCAGAGUUAUCUAGACGACGCCAUUAAGGGUAUCCAAUCGGGACAGAAUAACUCGUUGACGAACUCACCGAGAUUGGUUAAUGGGUCGAGACAUCACCGGAAUUCGGGUGGUAGUGCUGCUGAAGAGGAAUCACUCAGCAGGUCUGCAAGUGACAGUAGCGUCACUAACCCUACUAUCAAUCAUAAUAAGCAGUCUGCACCGGGCACGCCUCAGCUUAAUCAUGGUUGUUCAAAUAGUCCCGAAAGUGGAUUGGGUACAUCACACACGUCUCUCCCUGGGGUGGACUCAGACCCCGACCAGUACGACGGUCACGCUGUCGACCCAGAAAGCGAAUAUUACGAAGCCGAUCUUCUAGCUCCUAUGGGUAUUUGUAAAGCUUUGUAUCCAUUUGAAGCUACAAGUGAGGGGAGUAUACCCAUGGCUCAAGACGAAGAAUUACAUUUGAUAGAAGAGGACCAAGGCGAUGGUUGGACUCGGGUGAGAAGAAUGCAUGGAGAGUUUGAAGAAGGUUUCGUUCCGACAUCUUAUAUCGAAACGACUUUAUUCAACAAGUAAUCUCGUGUGAAUAGUUCAGAAAUAUAUAUUUUUAUAUUUUAUUUAUGUUUUUGAAACAUUAAUUCAGUUAUUUAUCUAGUUAGGUUCUUUCUUAUAGUUUGUAAAAAUUGCUCAGUCAUUAUUUGUGUUUGUGAAGCCACCCACACGUCCAUAUAGAUUGCUUUCCGCGAUAUUAAGUUGAUUAAGAAGUUCGCUUAGCACAAUUGUUAGUUGUAUAUAUGCUCAUAUACUAAUAAUAUUAGCUAGCUGUGAGAACAAUUUAAAGUAAAUUGUAAUAUAAACAAAUAGUUGUAAUUUUAUAACUGUUUUUUAAUUACAUUAAUGUUUCUUGUCUCAGACUUGUUAGGGAGUUAACAUUUUCAUCAUAGUUAUAGUGAUUAAGUUCAUCUUUUUAUUAAUUCAUUAUAAACCUUGUGCUGUAAAUGUAUUAUUUUUUCUAUGAAAAACUCAUCAGUGGUGUUCAAGACUUUUAAGGACACUUUUGAUUGGUUAUAACCCAGCUUGUGUAGAGCUAUUUUCCUCUCAACUUGGUGCUACAAGCCACAUGGCAGCUGCUUUAACUUAAUCAUAUCAGAGCAUCAUCAGAAUAAUUAUAUUUGUUAUCUUAAGUGGUUGCUUACCAGUUAUUUAAGCUUGUUGUUGAGUCUUGUCCUUAAAAGCUUGUGCAUUUCCAUGUCUUGUGAAAAUUCGGAUAAAUCAUAACAUUAAUGUGCAUAUAUGACUGACUACUGCAUUAUAAAUAUCUACAAUUAAA